UUAUAAAUGACUCAAUCUCGUAGUGAUUUUAUGUCGAGGUGGACCUCCUACUGAUCAAAGUGACGUAGUUUACGGAAGAGCUGUGCAGAAAACACGGAAUCGAUUUAGACAUAAAUAAUUCGUGUGAAUCGCGAUACAUAUCGCCAAGACCGUAACGUGAUUUGUUGAUGCGUACUUUCUUCACAUAUCAACUCUGUUAGUUUAUUGGCACAGAGGUAAAUCGUUCACACCCUUGCAUACUGAGAGUCUGAUGGGAUGGCAAAGAAUGAAGACGCGUGUGAACUGAGAAAACUGUGGCUAUUAUGUAUGUAGCUGCAUUCCUUUGGCUUCAAACCUUGUCAGAUCAUUUGUCAAAUGUUUUUGAUUCCUUCAUGCGAUUAGCAUCAAAUGACCCAUUAGAAAACAACUUGUGUCACACGAAAACGCAGACCUGAAAAACCUGUUUCACAAACAGUCCGGUAGUGAGAUAAACAACCCCUUCACACUGAUAUAAAGAAAACAAAUGUUCUGUUUUCUGCACGGCGCACGUCCUCUCGAUCUCGUUGGAUGUUCUUCGUGAAAUGGCGGAAGGCAGUAUUUCGUGGGCUCAGGAGCAGUUCAGCUGUUCGAUCUGUCUGGAUCUGCUGAAGAAUCCCGUGACCAUUCCCUGUGGACACAGUUACUGUAUGAGAUGCGUUUCAUGCUACUGGGAUCAGGAUGAACAGAGAGGAGCUUACAGAUGCCCGCAGUGCAGAAAGACCUUCAAACAUCGACCCGCUUUAUCGAAGAAUGUGGUGUUCGACGAAAUGGUGCAGAAGUUGAAGAGGGUUGUGAGUCAAGAUGACGGAGAUGUGGAGUGUGACGUCUGCGCUUUAAAUAAACAAACCGCUGUGAAGUCUUGUCUGGCGUGUGUGAGUUCCUACUGCGAAAAUCACCUCGAACAACAUGAGGAUCUCUUUAAAGGAAAGGGGCACAAAAUGAUCGAUGCCACUGGACGACUUCAGGAGAUGAUCUGCCAACAACACAAGAAGUUGCUGGAUGUUUUCUGUCGCACUGACAAGCAGUGUAUCUGUAUAUUGUGUGUCUCAGACAAACACAGAAACCAUGACACCGUACCAGUCGCGGCAGAAAUGACCAAGAUGCAGGGUCAUUUGGCAGAGCUGCAAAAGAAGUGCAAGCAGAAGAUCCAGCAGAGAGAGCAGGAACUUCACAAGCUUAAAGAUGCUCAGACAUCUCACGAGCGCUCUGCACAGACGGCAAUGGAGAAGAACGAGAGGAUCUUUACUGAGCUGAUGUCAUUCUUCGAGAGACGCCGCUCUCAAGUGACACAGAUGAUCAGAGAUCAGCAGACGGCUGCAGUGAGUCGAGCUGAAGAACUCUCCGAGCGACUGAACCAGGAGAUUGAAGAUCUGAGGAGGAGAGACGCUGACCUCCAGCAACUUUCACAAACUCGUGAUCACAUUCAGCUCCUCCAGAAUUGCAGAUCUAUUUCUGUCUCUGGAUCUGAAUCGCCCAGAAUUACCGUCAGUUCUCUUUUGUCUUUUGAUGACGUUCUGAAAUCUCUUGAUAAACUCAGAGACCAACUACGGAAAUUCUGCAGUGAGGAAAUUCAGGUGAUAUCUAGAACAGUGAAAACUAUUCAGAUUGUUGUCGGUCCUAUAAAUGAAAACCGGGAGGAAUAUCUCAGUUAUUUCCGUCACUUCACUGUGGAUCUGAACACUGUGAAUAAAAACCUGCGUCUGUCCGAAGGGAACAAGGUUGUGACGGACACGGGCACCACUCAUCAAUACCCUGAACAUCCGGACAGAUUUCACGGUUGGAAGCAGGUGUUGUGUAAAGAGAUUGUGAGAGAUCACUCUUACUGUGAGAUUGAACUGACGGGGAGUUAUGGAGCGUCUGUUUCAUUGUCCUAUAAGAGCAUCAGUCGAAAGGGAAUGGGUGAUGAGUGCAGAUUUGGAUAUAACGAUCAGUCCUGGAGUUUUUUCUGCUCGCCCUCCAGAUUCUCAUUCUGUCAUAAUAAAAAAGAGACUAAUCUCACAGUGCUGCCUAACUGCUCUAGAAUAGGUGUGUAUGUGGAUCACAAAGCAGGAGUUUUGUCUUUCUACGGCGUCUCGGACACGAUGACCCUCAUCCACAGAAUCCAGACCACAUUCACUAAACCUCUCCAUCUAGGAUUUGGGUUAGGCAUGAACUCAAAAGUCAAACUGUGUCCAUUAAGAAAUUAAAAUAUACAGAUACUGCAAAUAAUGGCUCUUUAAUGUUUUUAUUCUUGUCUCAAAGUAAAUCUUGCAGCUGAAAAUUUAAAAAAUGUUACCGCCUGUGAUUUAAAUAUUGAUGUUGUUCUGUAUCUUAUGUUGUAUUAUGAAAAUGAAUAAAUAAAAUGUUUUGUUUAUUUUC